UUAUUUGAACGUUAGUAGACUGGACACGGUGCAGCCGCGUCCUCCGUUAACGUUAAUACACGUUUGUUCAACCCUCUCUCCCCUGAAGCGCAACAGAAAAGAGAAAAAAUAAAGACCUGAACUUACCAAGCAAUCUCCAUCGGCUCCAUGGCUUCAGGACUGACGUCUGUGUAGAGCGGCUGUCUGAUGUGUCUCCAAAUCACCAAAACAAUCCGGAUGUUGAACAACGCUAAGGCUACAGCCAGCAGCACGACUAAGAGAAGGAGAUCUAGCUACACAAUGAGUCAAGGUAAGGACAAUGCACGACUCAAGAGCUACAAGAACAAGUCCCUCAACACAGAUGAAAUGAGAAGAAGGAGGGAAGAGGAAGGCCUACAGCUUCGCAAACAGAAAAAGGAUGAACAGCUCUUUAAGAGGAGGAAUGUUGCCACAGUCGAGGAUGAUGGCCUCCCGGAGGACGAUGGGAUGGCCGAUAGUGGCUACCUGGAGUCCCAGGCUAACAACAUGGACCCACUUACGGGUGGUGUGAUCUCUGAAGAUAUGACUCAAAUGAUCUUCUCCAGCACUCCUGAGCAGCAACUAAUAGGCACUCAGCGCUUUAGGAAGCUCCUUUCUAAAGAGCCCAACCCACCCAUCGAUGAAGUCAUUGCCACUCCAGGGGUGGUGGAGCGCUUUGUUGAGUUCCUGAAGAGGAGAGAAAACUGCACAUUGCAGUUUGAAGCUGCGUGGGUGCUGACCAACAUAGCAUCGGGAACAUCCCAUCAGACUCGGGUGGUGAUCCAGGCAGGAGCUGUGCCCAUUUUCAUAGAGAUGCUCAGCUCAGAUUUUGAAGACGUACAGGAACAGGCAGUGUGGGCCCUGGGAAACAUAGCAGGAGAUAGCACAGAAUGCAGAGACUUUGUCAUAGACUGCAACAUUCUGCCUUCCCUGGUGCAGUUAUUGGCCAAACAGAAUCGUCUAACGAUGAUGAGGAAUGCAGUGUGGGCGCUCUCAAACCUGUGCAGAGGAAAGAACCCACCUCCAGACUUCACUAAGGUGUCUCCGUGUCUCAGUGUGCUGUCUUGGCUGCUGUUUGUCAACGACACAGAUAUCCUGGCUGAUGCAUGCUGGGCGCUCUCCUACCUAUCUGACGGCCCCAAUGACAAAAUCCAGGCUGUUAUUGACUCAGGAGUCUGUCGCAGGCUGGUGGAGUUACUGAUGCACUCUGAUUAUAAGGUAGUAUCUCCUGCACUGCGAGCAGUUGGGAACAUAGUCACUGGAGAUGAUCUGCAGACACAGGUGAUUUUGAACUGCUCAGCGCUGCAGUCCCUUCUUCACCUCCUGAGCAGCCCCAAGGAGUCGAUCAAGAAGGAGGCCUGCUGGACGAUCUCCAACAUCACCGCAGGGAACAGAGCACAAAUACAGAUGGUGAUCGAGGCGGGCCUGCUGCCUCCUCUUAUCACUAUCCUGCAGGUUGCAGAGUUUCGCACAAGGAAGGAGGCAGCCUGGGCCAUUACCAAUGCCACCUCGGGGGGCUCUGCAGAGCAAAUUAGGCACCUUGUGGAUCUCGGCUGUAUAAAACCUCUGUGUGACCUGCUCACACUUAUGGACUCUAAAAUAGUUCAGGUGGCUCUUAAUGGCCUCGAGAAUAUUCUGCGACUGGGAGAACUGGAGGCCAAGAGGGGAGGAGGCAUCAACCCUUACUGUGCACUCAUUGAAGAGGCCUAUGGUCUGGACAAAUUGGAGUUCCUGCAGGGCCACGAGAACCAGGAAAUCUACCAGAAAGCAUUCGACCUGAUCGAGCGCUACUUCAACACUGAAGACGAGGACCCGUCUCUGGCUCCAGCCGUCGACCUGCAGCAGCAGCAGUUCCUCUUCCAGCAGUGCGAGGCCCCAAUGGAAGGCUUCCAGCUAUAAUGCUAAAUCCUUCUCUCCACCUUCAUCCUCUCCUCUGCUCAUUUCUCUCACUCUCUGCCCACUGCCACGAUCAAGGGUUACGAGAACCCUCGGCUCCCCUCCUCCUCCACCCCUUCUCAUCGUCAGAGAGAUUGAUUUAAUCAUUAUCAUGAUUAUGAAAAAUGUAACAUUACAGGAGCACGUGUGUGUGCGUACGUCCAACGUGGGUCAAGUUCUGCAGUCUUGUCAGCCAGUUUGUGAAGGUUUCACUCAUCAUUCUGUCUUGCGCUGAGCUCACCUUGGCGCCCAGAACCCCACCUACCUGCUCAGGCCCUGGCAUUUCCUACUAGCAGAUUGUCCCUGUAACACCACUACAGUCGUACUUUUUUGGAUUCCCUCAGCUCAUCCCAAAUGAAAAGCACUUCUCCGAUCCCCAUCUCUGAUUAAGUGGGAGUUUGUAGGACUGCACUGCUUGUCUGAUUGAAGCAUUAAUGACUCACAAGACAGACAAACAUGGACGUGAUUUUUACCCCUCUUCCUCACACACACAUAGAGAAGAAUGAUCUAACCUAAACACUGGACUGACCAUGAGACGUUGACCACGUUAGACUGUGGUCUUUGGACUGAACCGCCCACACUGGGGCCACGUAGCCAGUCCCACCCCAAGGACUCAACUGACCUCUUCUAAAGGCACUUAAACAACUCAAAAAUGGAGGUUGAAUUCCCUCACUUCCUCUCCAGCCAUUGGAUACGUUACCACAGAUGGACAAAUUAGAAACGUGACUGUGUUGCUGAGGGGUGGAGCUUGUCAGUGACAAACCAGGCUGCUUGCGUUCCCUCCUGGAUCUCAUAUCAUGCAUUCCUUUUAUCCAGUAACGGGACUUUCCACCUGCACAGGCUUCAUCCUGAAGAGUUUAGACUGCCUCUGGUGUGAUGUGAAUAACCCCAUGGAACCAUGGGAAUUGGAGUCUUCCCUCGCACUGAGACAAUUAGACAGACUUGGACGAGACAAAACAGACUAUUUAACCCUGGAAUCUGUCCUGCUGCAGACCAGUGGGGAGUUUUUAUUAUCUUACCAUAGUUUCAUUUCAUUUGCAGCACUUUAGUUCAGGACUGAUGCCUGCUCUUUGAGUAUAUACCGUAGUUUUUGCAUUAACUAUUUAAUUGGUUGACGACAUGGCUCUUUCCUCCUCAGGGAGCGAGGUGUAAAGAGGUGUGGUCUGAAUCUGCGGCUCCCUUCUGGUAUGACAAGGAUUACUUCAGUUUACCCUUCCUACAAAGGGACUCAAGGAGAUUGUGGACUGAAACUGUUAGCACACUAAUUACAAUCAGUAGAUCAUGCUGCCUCAGCAAAGCUAGAAGAACUGUAUUGUGACAAAGUAAAUCAGACUUUUUGGAAAUUGGCUGUUUAGCUGUGAGCAGUCUAAAUGUCUUUCCAACACAUGUUCAGGUAGGAUUUUCCAGUCAUGCCAAAUCAUCGACACAUAAAUCAGCUAUUGGGUCUAAAGUUGGUAUUUUUUAAAACAAUGUUUCUCAGUUGGGGUUAGCAUCUGUCAUGUUGCUAAUGGUGCCAUAAUCUUUAUUAUACAGGAAUCCUUCCAGAUAAUUUCAACAAAAAUCCAGAUUGAAAACUUGAAAAUACUGGUGAUCACCUUAGUUAGCAAAGCUGAAUGUUUGUUUACCAAGUCCUCUUAACAUUGCUUACUUUUAUCAAAAUCUCUGCAAGAGAUGACCAGCUCUACAUGUUAAUUACUGUUUGUUGUAUUGAGUUUGUGCAACUGUCCCCUGUUAUGCCAUUUGCAUAAAAGCUGUUUCAUGAA